CAUCUCUUCAACGCUGUCUAUCUCAAUGUACAAUUCACUGAGAAAAGGAAAUAAUCGCUAAAAAUACACCCUCGAAAAGGCUACAUUCGCCACAAUUGGGGAUUCAACGCGCUCCGUCCGUAGGGAAUCCAUCGCUGUGGUAUCGGAUUUAACUUCACGUAUCCAAAUGCACAUGAUCUACCACCCGAAUUGAAGAAGGAUACAAAGCGUAGCCUGACAGCGGACUCGGACUGCGAUAACCGGUAAAAUAUCGACGGAAUCGCUCGCAUUUGCAUCUGCGGUAGAAAGAGCCGUAAGGAUCGCCGCUCGCGUCAACGCAAAGCCUACGGAUGUGAGGAGAAAUUCAAAUUACAGUAACGGAGAAGACGGCGAAGGGCCUCGUUUGAUUCGGACAAGCCGAAAAAAAAGCGAUCAGUCACCAUAAGCAGAACAGGAGGGAAAAUAGCGUCAAUCUGAGGGGAAUUUUUCAGCACCACCACCGUAUUUUUCUCGCAGACAACGUAGUUUCGUGACGGAGUUAAAAGGUUCAUGUCGGCCACGGCGCAGGGCGGAAUGAUCCACAUGCCGUCAUUUUGGUGGAAAUAUUUAUUUUUUUAAUCUGUAGCCACCCUUUCUGUCUCGUUCUGCCCGUGUCGUUGCAUCGGCCAACGGAUUCGACAGCAAGAUACCGAAAAGAAUCGCGUUUUGUGGAGCUAUUCAUGAUUUUAACAAGAGUCGGUCAUUAUUUCGGGAAACCGACCAUGGAUUCGCGACGGGAAAUUUGCUAAAUCGCCGUCGUGGGAAAGCCGAAAUCAUUAAUGUAACGUCGAAGGCUUCGCUGGAUGCACAUCCAUACACCGAAAUCUCCUAUUUUAUAGCAGCAAGUGCUCGACGGGACUCGGCAGGCCUAGUGUUUUCACCACCACCACCUAUUCUCGCCAAUACUAGUCACUCAUAGCUUUCAUAUUUCCCCGUGCUCCCCUGCCCUUAUCAGCUAAAUCCGGGGAAGUUAUGUGCAUAGUAGUAUAAAUGUCCCGGUUUUCCAUCAAAGUGUUCUGAUCGGAGGCCAAUCAAGUAAUUUGGAUCAUUUAUUCAUACGGUAGAUACACCUCCAAAUUACCCCACCCCGAAACUUUUCUUGGGUUUUUGGGAAAAUGGGUUGUUUGGGCAACAGUAAGACUGAGGACCAGAGAAAUGAGGAGAAGGCCCAGCGAGAAGCUAACAAAAAGAUAGAGAAACAGCUCCAGAAAGACAAACAGAUCUACAGAGCAACUCAUCGACUACUACUGUUAGGGGCUGGAGAAUCGGGGAAAAGCACCAUAGUCAAACAGAUGCGCAUAUUACAUGUCAAUGGCUUCAAUGCUGAAGAGAAAAAACAGAAAAUUCAAGACAUCAAGAAUAAUAUAAAAGAAGCUAUAGAGACUGUAGUGACGGCAAUGUCCGUGUUGGUACCUCCAGUCCGGUUAGCCUGUCCCGCAAAUAAGUUUCGAAUUGAUUACAUCCUCAAUUUAGCCAAUCAGAAGGACUUUGAAUUCACAUCGGAAUUUUAUGAACACACAAAGACCCUGUGGCAGGAUGAAGGGGUGAGAGCUUGCUUCGAAAGAUCCAAUGAAUAUCAACUGAUCGACUGUGCACAGUAUUUCCUGGACAGGAUUGACACUGUGAAACAAAGCGACUAUACUCCCACUGAUCAGGACUUGCUCAGAUGCAGAGUUCUGACUUCUGGGAUCUUUGAGACAAGAUUCCAAGUGGACAAAGUUAAUUUUCAUAUGUUUGAUGUUGGCGGACAGAGAGACGAACGCAGGAAAUGGAUCCAGUGUUUUAAUGGUAAAUGUUGUGCUUUUAUUACUUAAAAAAUAUUAUUAUUAAUAAUA